AUGAGCCAGCAACACCCCUGGGGCGCCCCGAGACAAAACCAGAGCACUCGCCUGACGCCCAUCUCCACCAGCGCCGCCCACGAACAGCGCAACACGCCCUCGCCCUCGCCCAGCGGCUCGCGCCAGCCCUACUCACCCGCCGCCUCCAGCUUCCCCUCGCUGCCCUCGCUGCCCUCGCUGCCUUCGCUGCCCUCGCUGCCCUCACUGCCCUCGCUGCCCUCGCUCCCCGCGCUCCCCGCCCUGCCCUCGGCCUCGUCGCGCCUCGUAGGUAGCCGCAAGUCGUCGGCCGCCUCGUCGACGUCGUCUGCCCACUUUGCAGCCGCAGGACAGCAGCUCCCGCCCAGCCAGCUGCUGUCCUCUCGGUCCCGGGCCAACGUGACCCAGCCCGCCUCGCAGCUGGCCGCCUCUGCCGCCCCCGGUGCAGCUGUGUCCAACAGCAGCGUCGCAGCUUCCAAGCUUGUCCGCGCCUCGCCCUCGUCGAGCACCCUCGGCUCGCCCAGCACGGCCACCAACCCCUCCUCCGGUGCUCCGUCACAGAACCUCUCGCGCAUUGUCAUCGCCCAGGUCUUCCUGCUGCUCAGCCAAUUCGGCCCCGUCAAGGACGACAAGGACCGCUCCAGGUGGGAUACACAGACCGAGCAGAUCAGGAAGCUGAUUGAUUCAAACGGCAUGGAGGUGUUUUCAAAGUACUUCCGCCGCGUGCUGCAGAACAAUGCAGCACAAGUCUUCGGCACGCCCGGCCGCAACGCCGACCCCAACGGCAGCUACCAGAUCCUCGUGACUGAGAUGCAGAAACUGCGAAAGGAACCAGAGCAAGCAGACAAGAUCGCGGAAUCCAUAAGCUCCAGCGAAGGAGACCUGUUCCGCGACUUCGACCUGUCCACCCUCAUCUCCCACUUCCAAAUGGACCCUUUGUCGAGAACAAUGCUCGCACUUGCCUGCAGAAAGACCGACCUGAGACCCAAAGCGGAUGCACUGCUUUCAGGCCUCGGCGACGACCUGCUGUUGGCUGUUGCUCAGCCUGGUCAAAAUGACGACGCGAGUCCAGAAUACGUUGCCGCACUCAUCGAGCGCCUUUUGCAAGACCCACCGCAAGGAUGGGACGAGGACAAGAAAAUGAGCCUUGCCUAUGCUGUCCAGCUCCGCUACCAGAACCUCCACACGCCGGUACCGGGCCCAGUCGAGGCGAUACUCACCCUCGUUGAGCUCACAGAUGGUUCACGAAACCCUCUUGUGAAGCUAGUACAACGGGCGGGGCCGCAAAGCACAGCUACAGUAGAAGCCAGCAAAGAACUGCUUGCAUCGGCUGAGACACGAGACAUCAGUUACCAGCAAGUGGCCACAGUGUUGCUCUAUCUGGCCCUAUCCACCGGAUACAAUGUCAAAAACUUUGUAGCAGCGUUGCGAGAGCAUCGCGCUGGACAGCGGCUGGACUGGCAAGAUGUCGUACACGCUUUCGACCGGGACCAUCUGCGCAUCGAGAAGAACCACUUCCUCGCAAUUUACAACGCACUGCUUCCGAUUGCCCAGGAAAACGAGGGCUUCGACAUCCAGGCGCUAUGGGGCGGGAACUGGCAGCACGAUUUGACCCACUUGUACUUCUUGUUGUGUUAUCUGGCGUGCACGCCCCAAGAGCUGGAUGUCUCCCAGAUACCACGACUGCGCGCUUCGUACUCGCUGGAGACUUUUGAGGGAGCCCCAGACGACGUCAAAGCGUUCGCAGAACAAGCUGUCAAACACCCAUUUGUAUCGCUUGAUGCUACAGGAGCUCUCUUUACGAUGAUCUUCCGUACCUCGGAGACCUACCACACAGCCCAAAUAAUGGGGAUCCCAGAUCUAGUCAUCAAUCCGCAUACAGCAGAGUUCCUGGUCGCGGCAGCAGCCGUGCCGAAGCCUUGGGGCGCCUUGCAGGAGCAAGCUUUGAAGCAGCUGUUCGACCCAUACUUCCACAAGAAGCUACCGAUCUACAACUUUGUUCUCUACGGCCUCUGGCAGCAAGAUCUCCAAUGGCUUGUUGAUCGCUUCGUAGAUGCCUACAACGCCGACCCCAUGUCUCUCACACUUAUUCUAGAACACGCCGAAGCCAACAACUGGUCGGAAACGUUGAUCCGCAGCAACACGGACAUCAGCUUGGAUAUGGCGGCACAAGCGCACGCACGUGGCAAAUUCGAAAUCGAGCCUUGGCUGCAACAGACCAUCGAACAAGCCGGACCUCUUUUCCGACGCAUCUUGACCAACUUUCUGACUCAGAGAGCUUCGGAUGAGAUGCAACGCGUGCGAGACGACCAGCACUCCCUCAGCCUGCCGCUCGCCGUCAAGACAGUAUACCCGUUGCUCUGGUUCCUGGCGGAGUGCGGGCUGCCCGAGCAUGAGCUCUUGCCCCUCCAACGCAAUUGCAUCCAAGCCUAUCCUCGGCUCAUCAAUUACGGCGAAGGCGUGGACGACAUCAUCGAUGCCAACGGCCAAAGUGGAAAUGCUCUCCCAGGAGAUGCCGACACCAAGAUGCAAGAACAUUUCAAGAACAUGUACAGUGGCGAGAGCGACGUGCGUGACAUCAUAUCAGUGUUGAAGAAGUACAAGGAGUCUCGCGACCCUGCGGAGCAAGAGCUGUUUGCUUGUAUGAUACACGGCCUUUUCGACGAGUACAACUGCUUCGGCGAAUAUCCUUUGGAAGCUCUGGCGACGACAGCAGUCCUUUUCGGCGGUAUCAUCAACUUCAAUCUGCUGUCCAGGAUUGCGCUUCAGGUUGGACUGGCCAUGGUGCUGGAAGCUGUGCAAGAGUACAGGCCCGAGGAUUCCAUGUACAAAUUUGGUCUCCAGGCUCUGCUUCAUUUCUCCAGCCGACUGUCUGAAUGGCCCAACUAUUGCGACCAGCUUCUCAUCGUUCCUGGUCUUCAAGGCACCGAGAUCUUUGCUAAGGCGGAGGAGGUUGUUGGACAGCAGGAGGGCGAGGUCAACGGGGAUGCGCACAACAGCGUCGGCCUCUCUAACGGGAACGGAUUGGAAGACGCGCUUCAACAGGAGUCUGCGGUGACCAAGUUCUCUUGCCUCUAUGUCGACCCCCCGCUGCACGGAGAGCUUUACGAAGAACCCGAUGAGGAUGUUCAGGAUAAGGUGCUUUUCGUGCUGAACAACGUUUCCGAGCGCAACCUGCGCGAUAAGAUUAACGACCUCACCGAAGCCGUCGAAGAAAGGCACCAUCAGUGGUUUGCCAACUAUCUCGUCGAGGAGCGUGCGAAGAUGCAACCAAACUUCCAACAGCUCUACCUAGAUAUGCUGGACCUGUUCAACAACCGGACACUGUGGGCUGAAGUCCUUCGUGAGACCUACGUCAGCGUUGUACGAAUGCUCAACAACGAUGGAACACUUGGUUCGACCGAGCGAGGUCACUUGAAGAACCUUGGGUCCUGGCUUGGUUCCCUUACAAUCGCUCGCGAUCAACCAAUCAAAUUCCGCAAUAUAUCGUUCAAGGAUCUGCUGACUGAGGGAUACGACACGGACCGACUCCUUCUGGUUAUCCCAUUCACCUGCAAGGUACUAGUACAGGCUGCAAAGUCGACAGUCUUCAAACAUCCAAAUCCAUGGUUGAUGGAAAUUCUCGGUGUGCUGAUGGAGCUGUACCAUUUUGCAGAUCUCAAGUUGAAUCAGAAGUUCGAGAUUGAGGUCCUCUGCAAGGGGUUGGAUCUGGAUCACAAGGAGAUCGAGCCCACGAAUAGCAUUCGAGCCCGACCGCAAGCUGACGAGGAAUACUUGAACCCUAUGGUAACAGAUGGGCUCGAUGCCUUUGGCGACUUGUCCAUUAUGAGUUUGAACCGUGCUCGAGGCCCGAGCGAGCGAUUCUCGUCUGCGGCCAUCACUGCAGCUCUGCCUGACUUCACAAACCAGCUGCAGUAUCCUCCAUCCGGCAAUAGCGCCGUGCCUCCAGCACAGAUCAAGAAGAUCUUCCUCACGGCGGUCAAUCAGGCUAUCCAAGAGAUUAUCGCUCCAGUCGUUGAGCGCUCUGUUACAAUCGCCGCCAUCUCCACCUCACAACUCAUAAGCAAAGACUUUGCGAUGGAGCCUGACGAGGAGAAACUCCGGACCGCAGCACACACUGUUGUCAAAGCGCUGUCUGGUGCGUUGGCUCUAGUAACCUGCAAGGAGCCCCUACGCAUGAGCAUCCAGAACAACAUCCGUAUAAUGGCUCGCGACCUCCCAGAACAGACCCUUCCCGAAGGUCAUGUGGUCAUGUUCGUCAAUGACAAUCUGGAUUUGGUUUGCAACACUGUAGAACAGGCGGCCGAGAUGUCUUCCCUGGCUGAGAUCGAUAUGCAAGUUGAGGAGGCUGUCCGCAUGCGUCGGAUGUUCCGCAACACGCGACCGAACGAGCCAUUCAAGGAUGCGAACAUCAGUCCUUGGGCUUUCUACAUCCCUGAGCCCUACAAGCAAACAGCUGGAGGAUUGAACAGAGAACAACUAGCAAUCUACGAGGACUUUGGUCGACAGGCGAGGGGCCUUCCACACACGAACAACAUCUCACAGGACAGUGGGCGCCAGGUUCCUGAUGUACUUCAGGAUCAGUUUGUCGCAGUGCCAAACCUGCCGACUCCCGGUGCCGCCCCUGCUGAGCCACGGCAACCUACGCAGCAGCCUCGACUGCAAAACCUUCAAUCUGCACACGUGCCUCCUUCACAACAGCAGUUGAACGGCUAUAUGGAUGGCCCCGUUCCUGCAGGUGGUCAACGUGGUGUUGAGGAUCUUCUUGUAGAGCUGACGCAGGUCAUAAAGGAUGCAUCCGAAGACCGCAUUAGUGAGCUUCAACCCGGAAGCAGCGCUAUACACCGCGUGUUCGACCAGCUCAUCUCAAGCAUCGAGUUUGCUGGACCCAACAAAGACUCAUGGGCAUUCCGGAUCGCUGGACAGGUCACCAACCAUCUGUUCUCCGACUCCCUGCAGCGUCUGGAGGUCGAGGUCAUGGCGCAUCUGCUAAGCCACCUCUGCCAGCUGUCUGUAACCACUUCACGUCAAGUACUCAUGUGGCUUGCGACCCUUCAUGAUGACGACCGUAUCUUCAAGGCCACCGUCAUGGUCGCCUUGAUGGAGGUUGGCUUAAUGGACAUGCAUCGUCUGAACACCACCGUCGCUAAAGCGAUCCAAGAGAGACGUGUCGCUGCUGUUGAGAUGCUCUCUACGUUGAUGGAGGAGCUGCUGCUUAGCGAGCACCCAAGCGCGUUCCGGGCUGACUUUGCUUUGUCUAUCGAUGCUCUUACCAACUGGCUAGCAGAAGACCCUUCACUCGAGGUUGGCAAGCGUGUUAUCGCCAAUCUACAAGCAGCUCCUGCUGAGGUAUCCUUGACUCCACCUGCCACUGGACACAAAGAUCAGCUAGAAUACAUCUUCGACGAGUGGGUUCACCUGCAGCUUCCAGAGACGCCAAAGAAGACGAUUGGAGCGUUUAUCUACCAACUCCACAAGCAAGACAUCAUGCAGAGUCAAGAGACCUCCAUCGAGUUCAUCCGCACCUGCAUUGAUGCCUCUGUCACUGCAUACGAGCAGGAGCAGUCUCUGCCGUACGGCGCCGGAAACCUCGACACGGCCACCGUGAAGAUUGAUGCACUCGGUAAACUUAUCGUGGACCUUGUCGCUUAUCAGGAAGAACGUGAAACGGGUGCUAAAGAAAGCAAGGCGAGAUACCUCGACCAAAUGCUCGUCGUAACAGUCCUGGUGCUGUGCAACCACCACAACACUCGAGGAGAUGCUUUCAAUCAGAAGGUCUUCUUCCGAUUAUUUUCCACGAUCCUGUUCCGCCUUAACGAGGCGACCAAGGAAGAUACAUUGGCGGAACACAAGGGCGAGCUCUUCCUCUGUGUUGCUAGGGCUCUCUUGAUCCUGCAACCCAGUCAUUUCCAGAGAUUCACCUUCUCUUGGUUGACCCUUGUUGCUCACCGUAUCUUCAUUCCGGCAAUGCUUGAGGGCGGCCAAUCGGAUGAGCGCUGGGAUGUUUAUGCCCGCCUCAUGGAGACUCUUUUGGUCUUCACCGGACAGUUGAUCAAGCCAACCGGAGAGACCAUCAUGGCCCAGAACUUUUACCGUGGCGUCUUGCGCGUCUUGCUUGUGAUCCAUCACGAUUACCCUGAGUUCUUUGUUGAACAUCAUUUCCGUCUGUGCAACAGUAUCCCAAUGCAUUGCACUCAGCUCCGGAAUCUGAUUGUUAGUGCCUACCCGUCCACCAUCCUGGAGAUGCCGGAUCCAUUUACAGCAGGGCUGAAGGUUGACCGACUUGAGAACAACCUCCAGUCACCUGUUGUUCGUACGGAUAUCGUGGAAAUCCUCUCGAAAGCGGGCAUCAAGACGACCAUUGAUAACCUGCUUAAAGCGUCUGAACCCAAGGCCCAGGAUAUUCGCAAGGUCUGCGAUGCCAUCUACUUCCCAGAGGCCAAAGAGAGUGGUUUCGAGCUAGUGCCGACCACUGCUGACCCAGCUCUUAUCCAUGCGCUCGUUCUCUACAUUGGAGUCGCGACUCUAGGCACUGAAGCGACCAAGGCGCCAUUGUUCGACUCAGAGAGCUCGGCUGCUAGAUUGAUGCUUAGGCUGGUCAAGGACUUCCACCCUGAAGCGAAGUUUCACUUCGUCAGCGCGAUUGCCAACCAGCUGCGCUACCCGAACACUCACACACAUUUCUUCAGCUACGCGCUGUUGCACCUCUUCGGCUCUCCCGACGAUGAUGAAGAAACGCUUGAGAUCCAACAGACUAUUACAAGAGUGCUUCUGGAACGUUUGCUUGUACAUCGUCCUCACCCAUGGGGGCUCAUCAUCACUUUGCUCGAGAUCCUAAAGAAUCGCACAUAUGCGUUCUGGGAUCUGCCCUUCGUCAAGGCAGCACCUGAAGUCGAGCGUCUUCUCAACGCUUUGUUUACUCAUGCUCAGCAGAGCCCCCGACCGCUAGCCUAG